CUCAGGGCCUUGCCUCCAGAACAGCUGUUGGUGUUCUACUGGGCUUCCUGCAGGAAGCCAGAAAAUGAUGGUCGCGGGUGUCCCAUCGCCUCUUCUAGCUCAGUUUGCCGGGCUGGCCCAGCUGAGUCCGCAGGAGCGUCUGAGCCGGGAGACAGCCCUCCAGCAGAAGCAGGUGUCCCUGGAGGCCUGGCUGCAGCAUGAGGCCCAGACGCUGCAGCAGUACCGCGUGGAGCUGGCCGAGAAGCACCAGAAGACCCUGCAGCUGCUGCGGAAGCAGCAGACCAUCAUUCUGGACGAUGAGCUGAUCCAGUGGAAGCGGCGGCAACAGCUGGCAGGGAACGGAGGGCCCCCCGAGGGCAGCCUGGACGUGCUGCAGUCCUGGUGUGAGAAGUUGGCCGAGAUCAUCUGGCAGAACCGGCAGCAGAUCCGCAGGGCUGAGCACCUCUGCCAGCAGCUGCCCAUCCCCGGCCCAGUGGAGGAGAUGCUGGCUGAGGUCAACGCCACCAUCACAGACAUCAUCUCAGCCCUGGUGACCAGCACGUUCAUCAUUGAGAAGCAGCCCCCUCAGGUCCUAAAGACCCAGACCAAGUUUGCAGCGACGGUGCGCCUGCUGGUGGGCGGGAAGCUGAACGUGCACAUGAACCCCCCGCAGGUGAAGGCCACCAUCAUCAGCGAGCAGCAGGCCAAGUCGCUGCUCAAGAACGAGAACACCCGCAACGAGUGCAGUGGCGAGAUCCUGAACAACUGCUGUGUGAUGGAGUAUCACCAGGCCACCGGCACCCUCAGCGCGCACUUCAGGAACAUGUCACUGAAGAGGAUUAAGCGGGCUGACCGGAGGGGCGCGGAGUCUGUGACAGAGGAGAAAUUCACGGUCCUGUUUGAGUCUCAGUUCAGCAUUGGCGGCAAUGAGCUUGUGUUCCAGGUGAAGACUCUGUCCCUUCCCGUGGUUGUCAUCGUUCACGGCAGCCAGGACCACAAUGCAACCGCCACCGUGCUGUGGGACAAUGCCUUUGCUGAGCCGGUGAGUCCUCAUGGGACCCUCAUCUCAGCACCCCGUCCUGGAGUCUCCCUGGAUCGGCCCCAAGCGGUGGUCCCCUGUCAACCUUAGGGUCCCACUGGAGCUGAGGUGCGGUAAGGGACAGCUCACGUGAGCAUGUUGCCUGUGGCAUGUCCUUAGGCUCCGUCUGGGUUCCGGGUCUCAGGAGGGGGAUUUCCUAGGUCUGUGGGCUUAGCUAUUGGGCUCUGGUCUCUUAUCUUCCUUCUGCUUAUGGUUUGGGUCCCUGAUCUCUAU